AGUGGCAUGCCGGGUAGGACGUCCGCCGGCCGGCCAUAUUGUCUGUCAGUCGGUUGCCCGCUCCUUAAGUUGACGGAGAGUGAAAGAUGAAGGGAAUUCGCAACGUGGGAUCGCUCUCGAGACGGUUCUAUGCUGCCUGGAGCAGUCCUUCUUUGAGUGAGCAGCAUAAGGGUCUCCAGACCCCCACAGGCGUGAGGCACUUUGUACAAGAUGUUCACGUUACAAAACUUCCCAGUGGGCUUGUCAUUGCUUCCCUGGAAAACUACUCUCCGACUUCAAAGAUCGGUGUGUUUGUGAGGGCUGGCAGCAGGUUCGAGGACUGCAGUAACCUCGGCAUCACUCACCUGCUGAGACUUGCUGCAAAUCUGACGACAAAGGGAGCUUCAGCAUUUAAGAUCACACGUGGUGUUGAGGCCGUAGGUGGAACUUUGAGUGUAACUUCCUCCAAAGAAAAUAUGGUUUACUCCGUUGAAUGUGUGAGAGACUACAUUGACACUGUAAUGGAGUAUUUGAUCAAUGUUACCACGGCUCCAGAGUUCCGACGCUGGGAAGUUGAUGAACUGAAGCCACGGCUGCAAACCGACAAAGCAGUUGCUUUCCAGCAACCUCAGCUUGGUGUACUGGAAAAUCUGCAUGCUGCUGCUUAUAAAAGUGCCCUUUGCAACUCACUCUACUGCCCAGAUUACAUGGUAGGCAAGAUAACAUCAGACCAGCUUCACAGAUUCAUUGAGAAUAACUUCACAAGUGCCAGAAUGGCUCUAGUGGGCCUCGGUGUGGACCACUCUGUGCUGAAACAGGUGGGAGAGCAGUUCCUCAAUAUAAGGGGCGGAUCUGGUUCUCCGGGGGCCAAAGCAGUUUAUCGUGGAGGAGACAUCCGGGUGCAGAAUGGCGACAGUCUGGUUCAUGCGGCCAUUGUUUCAGAGGGUGCAUCAUCAGGCAGUCCUGAGGCAAUUGCCUUCGGUGUCCUUCAGCACCUUCUGGGAGCAGGGCCAUACAUACUGAGGGGAAGCAACAGCACGAACAAACUCUACCAGGGAGCUGCCAAAGCAACAGCGCAACCAUUUUGUGCGUCCGCUUUCAACGUGUCCUACUCCGACUCUGGACUGUUUGGCAUUUACACAAUCUCACAGGCUGCAUCAGCGGGUGACGUAAUUAAAGCAACGAUGGCCCAAGCCAAGGCAGUAGCUCAAGGUGGGAUUACAGUAGCAGACCUGACCAGAGCCAAAAAUCAACUGAAGGCAAACUAUCUCAUGUCUCUGGAAAACUCGGACUGCACAUUUGAAGAGAUUGGCUGUCAAGUGCUUAGCAGUGCUGCUUAUGCGCCGCCUGAUAUGGUGGUCCAGAAAAUCGAUGCCGUGUCCGCAGAUGAUGUUGUGAAAGCUGCAAAGACUUUUGUCUCUGGGAAAAAAUCCAUGGCUGCCAGUGGAAAUUUGGUCAGCGUGCCAUUUGUGGAUGAAUUGUAAUAGCUAACUGGUUUUUAAUUUUUUUUGUUAAAAACCUUAACAAGAUUUCCUCUUUUUUUUUGAGAGAGAUGUGAAUGGUCCCAACUCCAUAAAUGCAUUGGUCACAGUCCUUUUUGGUGUUUUACUCAACAAGCACCGAUAUCACUAUGAACUGAGAUGGGUACGUUAAGGCCCGUAUUUUCCACAUGUGAUGUAAAUUAAAAUCUUUAUGUGAAUCCCUGGAAGGUGAGUGUCUUGUCUUGGAUUCAAAAGGAUAUGUGACAGAAGUUGAAGUGUAUUCUCAGUAAUGCUUCUGAUUAAACAAAAUAUCAAUCAUC